CAAGACACUGAUUCGCACAGUUCGCUGUUAACUCAACUGUAAACGCAGAUUAAGUUACACAGCUGAAGUGGAGCCUGUAAAUAGAGUCUUAACCGGCGAAGUGGUUUAGCGAUCAAUCUGGUUUGAUUUUAUUAGUUUUGGACGUUUUGAAAAGAUCAAAACCUUUCUUUAUUUUUGAUUUGUGCUUUUAAUAAAGUGUAUUCUCACGAGUCGCGCGAACGCCUCGGUAAAAUGGCCACGGAGCUCGUUUCCGUCGCUGUGGACGAAGGUACGGAUACUCUGGCUGAUUUUCCUGUGCUCUUAAAGAAAAUCAUGGAAAUCCCGCCACCGAAUCUUCUCGAAGGCGAUGACGAAAAUGGCAAAGAGAAGCUCUUGGGAGAUGAUUUGGACUCUGGAGGGGUCAGUGGGAUGGGGCCAUCGGCCGCCCUGACCCCUGCCAUCUGGGACAAGACCAUUCCCUAUGAUAGUGAAACCUUCCACCUUGAAUACAUGGAUCUGGAAGAGUUUCUCAUAGAGAAUGGAAUUUCUUCCACAAUGGAUGAGGGUCAGCCAAAGAAUCCUGUGAAGGAAACCUCUCAGACGACAAUCGAAAAGCCAUGUACAACUUCUGCUGACAAGACAACCCCAGCUGCCCCGAUCUCUCUUUUAUCAGUCAUGGAACUGGAACAGUGUGAGGAGGAAGUGGUCACAAUCACGGCAUCCAGCUCAACCGACGUCACAUCAGACAACGAGCGUGUGACCCCAGAUCCCAUUAAUCCAGAUGACAUUGAAAUAGAGGUGAACUUCCAACCAGAUCCCACAGACCUCAUGCUCUCCAGUGUACCUGGAGGUGAACUUUUCAACCCUAGGAAACAUCGCUUUUCUGAGGAGGAGCUGAAACCACAGCCUAUGAUCAAGAAAGCCAAAAAAGUAUUUGUGCCUGAGGAAAACAAGGACGAGAAAUACUGGCAACGGAGGAAUAAAAAUAAUGUUGCGGCCAAACGUUCGCGGGAGGCUAGGCGGCUGAAGGAGAAUCAGAUCACGGUUCGAGCAGCCUUUCUGGAGCGAGAGAACUUGGCUCUGAGGCAGGAAGUGGCAGAGCUGCGCAAAGACUUUGGCCGCUACAAGAAUGUUGCGUCUCGCUAUGAAGCCAAAUACGGACCACUUGAACCAACUGAAGAACUCUAGACAGUUAUUGAUUUAUUUGCAUUGUUGAAAGGCAAUAAAUUAAUAAUAGUGUGGAGGUUAAUGAAAAGAAGAGGAUGAAGAGGAGAUGAGCGAAUGAAUGAUUCAGUUAGUAGAACCAAGUGACGUUGUUAUACAACUGAAUCCUUUCAACCAAUAUAACCACAUCUCGGUGUAAGUUUGCACUCGGUGCAAUAGCAUACCCACUAUAUCUUAUUACGCUUUUAAGUGCUUUUUUGUAUUGCAUUACUAAUGAAAAUGUCUGCCCCGCCUUUUAUGUUUCAUGGUUUACUGUAAAUGCAGUUUAAGGAAGUAUUGUAUAUUGAAGAUAUAGUAGGUUUCUAUAGACAACAACUAGCACUGAUUGCAAUACAGUUAUAUUUCACUUUUCACGUUUUCUCCCUGGUUUGUAUACAAUAUUAAUUCUAAGAAUUCAUUUGGAACAGCUGGUACAAUGUACCAUACAGUGGUACAUUUUGUCUGCAGAUCAGUUGUAACUGUAGAAAAUGUAAAAUUAUUUGUUUUCAAAUUCAGGGAGAAUGUAUCAUAUGUUUUCAGUACAGAUAGAUAUGGUAGGCCGUUCUUUGCUGUAAGGAAUUGUGUGUUUAUCAUGCUGUGUGCUUACAAAUACAGUCAAGGUUUUUUCUGCUAGAAUUGGCAGCAGAAAAAUGUAUUGACAAUAUAUGCAUUACAUAUCAGCAAAACAUAAAAAAUAUGUACAUUUAUUAAUGAGGUCUUUCAGUACUAGAGUUUUAGCAUUUUCUUAGGUUUUUUAUUUUCUUAUGUUAAAUGUUGCUUUGUGUUUUAUUACAUACUGUGUUUACAACUGCAGUCCUAUGUGGUCAGUAUAUACAGAAAAACAAUCUGUAUAUGUGAAUGACCAAGCAAACAAAUUAAGUGGAGAUUUUUCUUGUAUAUUUUUUCAGAUAACUCAAAUAUUUUACAAAAACAAGUCCUUGUGAACUAAACAGUCAAUAAGGACCCUUGAGACACUUAAGAGGUAAGGUUACGUAUCAGGAACCAAACCCAAUCCUCCUGUAAAGGCUUGUCAGUACACUUAUUUUGUGUAACAUGUCUCCUUUUUAAACAUUUAAUAAUAUCAGGGAAGGAGGAUCAGGGUCACAACCCAUGUUACACAAAAGACUAAACGUCUAGUUCUCCUUUCAUUGUUCACAUCAUAUAAAGGGAAUCUUAUAAAUUAUGUAAUCCUGUAGGUGUUAAAAAGUCUUCUGGUAACUUUGUGGCCUGUUGUCAGAUGGUUUUGAAGAUAGCACUUUUGCUAUAUCAGUUCUCAUUGAGUUUCCUUUCUAAAAUGUAAGAAAUAAGAGACAAUAAAUACAACACAAUACGGUUUAAUGGCUGUUCGGCAACUGGAGCUUUUUGCAAUGUGUUUCCUGUGUUUAACUAAAGAAAGCUUGGCUGCGUGUGGUCUUGUUGGAGUAACUAAUCUUUGUCAGAUUUUAAUGGUUUUCUAAUAGUUCUUUGGGGAAAAAGAAACUUUUUACUGUAUGUCCUCUAAACACUUCAUGACUUGUGUUGCCUUAAUGUCUCGUUUGUUUGAUGUUGUAAAUAUUAUUAAAGAACUCAAAAUGUU